UAAGUCUUUGAUCCGAUAUAAUGCUUAGAGCGCUUAAAGUACAGAAACUGAGGUCGCCCGCAUCCUUUACUUCUCCUAAGCCAUCCGAUAUUUCUCCUAAACUUUCUGGCCUCCGGUUCCGGCAAGCUGUGCAAGGAACUGAUAUCAAUCAGCCAGAGUCAGAGAGUCUUGACAAGAUGGCUCAAGCUCCUAAUGAAGAAAUGGCAGUCGGAACGGAUUCCUUGACUUCUCUGGGAGAAGCAUAUGCUACACGUUGUGAGGAGGAAGGCUUUGGAGGUGUCAUCCUUGUGACUGAUAAGAUGGCUGAAGCUCCCAGUGAAGAAACGGCAGCCGGAACGGAUUCUUUGACUUCUCUGGGAGAAGCAUACGCCUCACGUUGUGAGGAGGAGGGCUUUGGAGGGGUGAUAUAUGGGAAGUAUACGACUGCUUCUAAAGAUGAGGAAGAUAAUAAUAGUAAGUAUCAACCAGGAUAGCCGUGCGAAAUUUCCGGAAGGGAGUGAAGCAAAAGAGGAGGGGGGGAAAGAUCGAAAUCAAGGCCGGGAGGCGACUGCAUAGAGAGAUAGAGAUAGAGAGACUUCGCAUGCAACCUCACUUGUUUCCAAGGAGGAAAGAAAACGCACAGCGACGAGAAGAAAGAUCAAAUGACAACCCAUGUUAUUAUUCCACCCAUCUGCCUUUUUCUUCUUUUGUAGGUGUGAAUUUGGAUUGAUGCCUAAUCAUUGUAAUUAUGAUCGUCGUUUGUAGUACUAGUACAUCUGUAAAAUGUUAUUUGAUCCUGUGUUCUUAUAAAUAAAAGAUUUAAAGUUUCCUCUCUCUCUCUCUGUUUUUGGUAGGGGUAAAAAAAAAAGAGAGAGAGACAA